AUGUAUCAAAACUUUACUGAAGCAUACCGAAGCAGCCCACCAAAUAGUUUUGGUGUGCAGAACAGUUACCAGCCCUACCCUGCACCACCCACAACCACUUCCAUUCCUUCCUACACCAAUCAUCUACCUGGCAGCCACAACAUCAUGGCCAGAAUGAAUGAAGCAUCUGCUUUUGAACUGCUGCAGCAUUUAGACAAGAAGGAUCUGCAGCAUCUGCUUAAUGAUGACUCAAAGCUCAAGGAUCUUAUUGAAGAUUUGCCUCAGGUGAGGUCUCUCCAGGUAGAACAUGACGAUCUUGUGGCUACAAACAAAAGUCUGGCAGAGUACAACCUGUCCCUACAGCCGCGACUUGAGAGUCUGAAGAACGAAGUUGCCAGCAAGUACGAACACAUCAACUCCUUAAAAACAGACUUGGCUGAAAGUAAAGCACGUUUAGACAGCAUUCUUGAUGGUAGACAGUCACUGGAGACAAUGCUGGCACUCAUGCAAACAGAAACAGCUAAAUCAGAAGAAGAAUCGGAGCAAUUGGCCGAUGACUUUUGUAGUGGGCAGCUGGCCGUCGAGGAGUUUCUGAGUGAGUACAUACCCAAAAGAACCCAGAGCCAUCUGCGUCGAAUCAAGAGUGAACGUUUCGCAGAACUCAUCAGAGAGGGAUCUUCCCCCAGCGGCAACUGGACCCUACCCUCUCAACCAGCCGCUCCCGCUCAUUCAGCUCUACCUACGUACCCACAUGGACAUUCAACACCCUACCCAACAUCUGUGGCUAUAGGGAUGCCCCAGCCCAGCCUCUACCCACGAUGA